AUGACCACCUUUUUGUGCAUUGACUGUGGAAAGAGCUUUACAGACAAAGCUAGGUUUGUGAAGCACCAGAAGACGCACUCAGUAGGGAAGCCUCAUAUUUGUAACGUGUGUGGUAAGGCUUUUUCGUAUAACUCACACUUGAUCAUACACCAGAGAACUCAUGGUGGCGAGAGACCCUUUGCAUGUUCCUAUUGUGAAAAGUGUUUCACUGAUCGCCCAUCCCUUGUGAAACAUGAGAGAAUUCACACUGGAGAAAAGCCAUUUUCUUGUACGGUCUGCGGAAGAAGCUUCACUGACCAUUCAAAUUUGCUGAAGCACUAUAGUAUCCACACACGGGAGAAGUCCUUCACCUGCCUAGAGUGUGGAAAAAGCUUCACGGACCGGUCCAGUAUGGAGAAACACCUGCGGAGCCACACUGGUGAAAAAUCUUAUGCCUGCAAGGAGUGCGGUAAAACCUAUUCCUGCAAUUCACACCUAAUCUUGCAUCAGAAAACUCACACUGGUGAUAGACCCUUUGUGUGCCACAAAUGCGGAGAAAGUUUCAUGGACAGAGCUCGGUUUGUGAAACACCAGAAGACGCACUCAGUAGGGAAGCCUCAUGUUUGUAACGUGUGUGGUAAGGCUUUUUCAUAUAACUCUCACCUGGUCAUACAUCAGAGAAUCCAUGCUGGUGAGAGACCCUUUGCUUGUUCUUACUGUGAGAAGUGUUUCACCGAUCGCCCGUCCCUUGUGAAACAUGAGAGAAUUCACACUGGAGAAAAGCCUUUUAAUUGUACAGUCUGCGAAAACUCCACUCUUGUUGUCCACCGGCGGAGCCACACUGGUGAGAAACCUUAUGCCUGCAAGGAGUGUGGUAAAACCUAUUCUUGCAACUCACAUCUAAUUGUGCACCAGAGAACACACACUGGUGAGAGGCCCUUCAUGUGCCGGGAGUGCGGCAAAAGCUUCACGGACAGCUCCACUUUGGUUAUACACCAACGGGUUCACACUGGAGAGAAACCCUUUGUGUGCCUAACUUGCGGGAACCGGACCCACACAGGUGAGAAACCAUUCACCUGUGUUCAGUGUGGCAAGAAUUUCAUUGACAGCUCAUCUCUGGUCAAACAUCAGCGCACGCAUACUGGGGAAAAGCCAUUUCCAUGUACUGAAUGUGGCAAAAGUUUCACUGACAGCUCCACCUUGGUGAAGCAUCAGCGUAUACAUACUGGGGAACGGCCCUACAUUUGCAACUAUUGCGGAAAGAACUUCAUUGAUAACUCCACCUUGAUCAAACACCAAAGAAUUCAUACUGGGGAGAAGCCAUAUUCCUGCAAAGUAUGUGGGAAAUGCUUCACUGACAGCUCUACCCUUGUGAAACACCAAAGAAUCCACACUGGGGAGAAACCCUAUACAUGUAAUGAGUGUGGAAGAAGCUUCACUGACUGUUCGACCCUUAUUAAACAUCAAAGAAUCCACCGAAGAGGAGAGCAGAUGGCUGAUGUGAUAACUGUUACAGUGGACCCUGGGAAGACAGAGUCUAUCAUAAAGAAUGAAGUAGAAGUGAAUACAUAG